AUGGGUCAACCGAAGGUUAGAGGACCAAUUGACAAGUUUGUAUCCUCAAAAGCUCGUCAAGUUACAUUGAAUACCUCAUACAAGAAAGAAGAAAGACAUAAUGUGUGUAGGGAAAUUGGGCGCUUAUUUUAUACUAGUGCAUUGCCUUUCAAUGUGGCAAAUAAUCCUUAUUAUUUUUCGGCAUUGGAGAUGGUUGCCAAAUACGGUCCCGGUUUUCAACCUCCAACAAGUCAUGAGUUAAGGACUUGGAUUUUGAAGGAAGAAGUUGAAGAUGUUCAAAAGUUGAUGGUAGCACACAAAAAAGAUUGGAGCCGCUAUGGAUGCACUAUUAUGUCGGAUGGUUGGACGGAUGGCAAGAGUAGGGUUAUACUAAAUUUUUUAGUAAAUAGCCCUAAAGGAACAUGGUUCUUGAAAUCGGUUGAUGCAUCGGAUACAAUCAAAAAUGGAGAGUUGAUGCUAAAUUACUUGGAUAAUAUUGUGGAGGAGGUAGGGGAGGAGAAUGUUGUCCAAAUAGUUACGGACAAUGCUUCCAAUUAUAAGUGGGCAGGAAAGGAACUAAUGAAGCAUAGAAGUAAAUUGUGGUGGACUCCGUGUGCGGCUCAUUGCAUUGACUUGAUGUUAGAAGAUAUUAGCAAGAUGAAAGUCUUUGAAACUACCAUUCAAAGAGCUAGGCAAAUUGUGAAAUUCAUUUAUGGGCACACACAAGUUCUUUCCAUUAUGAGGAAAUUCACCGGCAACAAGGAGAUUAUUCGGCCGGCGGUUACAAGGUUUGCCACAUCUUUUCUCUCUCUUCAAAGUUUAUAUAAGCAAAAGGAGGCUCUUAUUAGUAUGUUUUCAUCAAAAGAUUGGUAUGAAUGUGGAUGUACAAAACAUAAGGAUGCUUAUGAGGUGAGGAAGUGGAUCCUUCGUGACACACAAAUUUGGAACCAUGUUGCUUAUUGCAUAAAGAGUGUCUUGCCCCUUGUUUGUGUCUUAAGAGAGGUUGAUUCGGAAGUGAGACCCGCCAUGGGAUUUAUCUAUGAGUUGAUGGAUGCCACAAAAGAUAAGAUUGCAAAUAAUCUUGGAAAUGUGGAAGCAAAGUAUGGGGCGAUUUGGAGGAGGAUAGAUAAUAGGUGGAGUCCACAACUUCAUCAACCAUUGCAUGCGGCGGGUUAUUACUUGAACCCUCAAUUCCGAUAUGAAGACAACUUUAAAAAUACCAAGCAUGUGAAGAAGGGUUUGGAAGAGUGCAUGGAUAGGAUGCUAGUUGGUGAGGCCCGUGUCGCAGCGGAAAUACAAUUGGACUUAUAUGAGCAAAAGCUUGGUAAGUUUGGAAGUGCGAUGGCAGAAUCUACUAGAAAAAUCCGAUCACCCGUGUUUUGGUGGGAAAAAUAUGGGACACAAACACCGGAGUUGAUGGAUUUUGCUACUCGGGUCCUUUCCCUUACUUGUAGUGCAUCAAGGUGUGAGAGGAAUUGGAGUACUUUUGAAAUGAUUCAUACUAAGAAGAGAAAUAGACUUGAACACAAGAGGAUGCAUGCUUUAGUCUAUGUGAAAUAUAAUAUUGCUCUAAAAGAUAGGACUUUGAAAAGGAAUGCUACAAUGACCGAUCCUAUUGUAGUGGAAGAAAUUGAAUCUGAUGAUGAAUGGAUACCUGAGAUAGAGGAUCCGGUUCUUCCCGCCGAUCCACAUUGGCUUGAGGACAAUGUGGAAGAUCUAACAUUGAAUGAUGAGGCGGUAAGAAAUGUGCCAAUUGGUAAAUAUCAAAGUACCCUAAUUGAUAGAGAGCCUCCUCCUCGGGUGCAUUCUCCUCCUCAUGAGCCUACACCUCCCCGUGAGCCUACUCCUUCUCUUGAUGAGCCUAUUGUUUUAUACAAAAGGAAAUCUAGUGAAGGAGCGUGUUCAAGUAAAAGAAAGGCUCCAAGGAAAUCAAUGCGUCUUGAUGACAUUGCGGAUUAUGGUAUUAGAAUUAAUCCAUAUGAUGAGACCAAUCCUCUCUUCGAGCACCAUGGUGAUGAUAGUGAUGGUGGUGAUAGUUUGGGUGAUGAUCUUCUAAUUGAUGAGGAUGAUGAUUUCCAAGGAUGA